AUGCCUAAUAUCGGAUCUGCACAGCGAGGGCCCAAUUUGCAUGUUACAAACAAAAAAAUUGACGAUGAUCGAGAAAUGGGAAUGAAGCAAACGGAAGAUGGAAGUCAUGUAUCUCUGGCGUGUUACUCGAAUGCGGUGCAGUUUUUAAGGUGUGGGGUUUUGGGGAAGAUACAGUAA